GAAGACAUUACUGUCGUCGCCAUCUGGCUGUGAUGGUAUUUUUAGGAGGAGGAUGUUUCUUGUAGAUGCAGUGGGAGCAACGCGGUGUCUAGCUUGUUGCAGAUUUCUCCAUUUUCACUCACCAAAGAGUAAGCGCUGUUCGUUCGCGCAUGGCUACUCCCCUCGCUUCUGAGGUCUUUCACCAGGGUCUCCCUCGCAACAUCCUGCCUCUUCCCUCUGUAAAAUUAUCAGCACCAAACGACAGCGUCAACACCUGCAGGUCUGGUCCACGGAACAAUGAGAGGCGGCAACUUGUGUAUACGGCAUGAGUAAAGUGCUUUUCGAUGGAGUCUUUGAACGGUGUAGAGCUCCGUGAAUUUGGGGAUGGGAACAAACACGCUUCCAAUCAGGCUUCAAGUUCCCAUCAGCCGCCGCUGUCAGCACCGCGGACAGCAGUCAGCGAUGGCAUUGAGAACGCCUCGUUUCAGGACGAGGAGCAGGAGACGCGGUUCGCUGGUAACUCCGCCAAUCAGUGUGAAUCGAAUGCAACUCACGGCGACCCUGCAUGUAACGACAGGGGUCACCCGUCACACUCCCAGCUUUCCCAAAGAGACGAACUAUCACCAAGAUCGGAUGAUGAGCAGGAGAUGGAGUCCGGCAACCAUUCAGUAGACUAUGGCUUUAUUUUCGCCCUGGUGUUCUUGGUGAGUGGGAUUGUCCUGGUGGUAGUAGCCUACACUAUCCCGCGUGAGGCCAAGGUCAAUCCAGACUUGGUGACAGCACGACAGAUGGAAAAACUGGAGAUGUAUUACGCACAGUUAGGGUCCCACCUCGACAAGUGCAUUAUAGCAGGGCUGGGAUUGCUAACGCUUGGUGGGAUGCUCUUGUCAAUGUUGCUGAUGGUGUCCAUAUGCAAAGGCGAGCUGUACCGCAGGAGAACUUUCGCCAUGUCUAGAAGACCCAGAAAGACGUACGGAUCUAUAAAUCUACGAAUGAGACAAUUAGAGGGAGAGGGAAGGGAGUCUCUGGUGGAAUGCGAACCUGUUCCCGCCACCACUACCGUUACUGUAACGGCCGCGGAAGGAGCCAGCUGAGAUGAACGUGGUUUAUUUGCGUGUGUUGCCGCUCGAAACAAAUUCAGUAGCACAACUCAACCCGGAGUGAAGGUUGAUAUCAAGAGGCGUAGAAGGGCUUUAAGAAAAACAAUGAACAGGAAGCAGAUCGGGGAUUGAAGACAAAACGUCCUUUUUGAAAGAACUCCUUUUUGCAGGACACACAUACACAGACUCACAGGCACACGCACAUACAUACAUAUGCUACAUAAAAAUUGU